GGUCACUUGCGUAAUACGGAAGUAAUAAAUGUUACAGUCGUUGACCAAAAUGGCGGCGCACGAUACGAAGAACAACAAAUCGUCAAAACCAGGAGGGAAGGGCGGCCAGCCUCUGGUCAUUGCCAAAACUCCUGCGGAAGAACAACGCCUCAAAUUGGAGAGGUUGAUGCGGAACCCCGAUAAACCCGCUGCAAUACCGGAGCGUCAGAAAGAAUGGAACCCUCGGGCUCCACCAGAGUUCGUCCGAGAUGUGAUGGGCUCAAGCGCCGGCGCGGGCAGCGGGGAGUUCCACGUUUAUCGGCACCUUCGACGCCGAGAGUAUCAGCGACAAGACUUUCUGGACAAAAUGUCCGUGAAGCAGAACAAGGAGCAGGCCUACUUGGACAAAGUGGAACAAAACCAACGCGAAGCCGAAGAGAGAACGGCAAAGCGUAGGAAGAAACGAGAAAAGCUUAAGCAGAAGAAGUUAAUGGCGAAGAAAGCCAAACAAGAUCAACGAGAGGGGGACGUCGAGAGAAGUCUCAAUGAAACCAGUGAAGACGAAAAGAACACGGACGAGGAGGAUGAGGAAAAAGAGGCCGAUGAUGAUGCUGAGGUCCCUAGCUUCAUCAUGAGGAAAAAAUAGUUGAUGUUGCAAUGCCCAGGACAAUUUUGAAACGACUAUUUGACAUUAUUGACCAACGACGAACGUGACUGUAAACGUACAUUUUUAAAAGCAACUUUCAACUAUGGUCUCUGAUCGAAUAGCCACAAAGGCAGUGGCUGGCACUCUACGUUAAAAGAUUCUUAUUGUGCUGUCCACGGUUUCUCAAGGAAGUUGGUCUUACCUGGAGAAAUCUGAUUUAGGAUUCUUAAAAUUGUUGCACAUCCUACGGUUUGCCCAUUUGUAUGAUAAUUUUAAUAAACAAACAUAAUAAUG